AUGGAUAAGCAGAUUCUUGAUUACAUACUCGUCCCGCUGGGUCUGUUAAUAAUGCUAUCCUACCACCUCUGGCUCCUCCGGCAGGUCCUCCGCCGCCCAUCCACAACCGUAAUCGGCAUCAACGCCGCGAGCCGGCGGGCGUGGGUGGGCGCCAUGAUGGCCGACACGGCGAAGAACGGCAUCCUAGCCGUGCAGACGCUGCGCAACAACAUCAUGGCGUCCACCGUGCUGGCGUCCACCGCCAUCAUGCUCAGCUCCAUCAUCGCCGUCCUCAUGUCAAACAGAAACGGCAGCGGAGAUGAGUUUUCUGUGAAGUUUUUAUCGAUACUGGUGUGCUUCCUGUUGGCGUUCAUGCUGAACGUGCAGUCGAUAAGAUACUACAGCCACGCGAGCAUGCUCAUCAACGUGCCGACGGCGACGGGGGAUUUCAAGACGGCGGAGUAUGUGUGCCGGACGGUCAACAGGGGGAGCUAUUUCUGGUCGGUGGGGCUGCAUUCCUUCUACGUUUCGUUUCCCCUGUUUUUGUGGAUCUUUGGGCCCAUUCCUAUGUUUGUCUCGUCUCUUGCUCUGGUUUUCAUGCUUUAUUUUCUGGAUGUGGCUGCUGACAUCACUACUGUCUUCACUACUUCUGCGCCUCAACACUUGGACUACUCUGUUGCUUUGGAGAAUGCUGUUUAGUUUUUUUUUU